GCCUCGAUAAGCCCUAUGAAUAAUUCAUCAGUGUCAUGUCAGUCAGAAAUUCAACAUGGCGUUCCUUUGUCGAGCUCGCGUUAGGCGAGGCAAGAAAAACAACAAACCAAAACGACACCCUAAGGAUGUUCUGUUUGGGCGUAUUACGGGGAGCGACAGCGUGGACACAUUAGUCCGCGUAGGUAUCAGCAAAGAAGAGGGAAUCGAGCCGCAGACGCGGAUGAGAGUUUUGCACGACUUUACACCGUGCGUUGACGAUGAACUUGAAGUUAAACGUGGCGACGCAGUCCACGUGCUGUACCAAGAAAAUGACUGGGUUUACGUCAUUUUAGACGGUGGCGGGGAAGGUUUUAUCCCACAUGCUUACUGCGUGGCCUUACAUAGCGAUCCGGACCGUGCCAGAGACGUCACUGCGCAGCACAUUCUACCAGAAGAGCCGGGAGAUGAGAGCGCCCUCGUUGGCCCGUCACCCGAAAUUGGCAGACGCCCUUUUCGAAAAACUUCAAUAGGACAAUAUGUGGUCCUGUACAACUUUAUUGCAAUGGACGAAAAUGACGUGAGUGUUCAGCGGGGAGAAAGUGUCACGGUGUUAAAUCGAGACGAUCCCGACUGGAUGUGGGUGAUGAAACUCGAUGGGAGGGAAGGGUUUGUUCCGAGGAAAUUCCUGGCUUCUGAUAUUUCAAGCGUCGGCUAUCAAGAUAUCGAUCUGGACGGUCUAUCUUUAUCUAGUGAUUCCUCCAAGGAGACUGAUCGAUUACGGCAGUUUGGCACAGAACUUGUCGCCCUCUAUCAUUAUCAGGCCCAGCACUCAGACGACCUUACUGUGUCACGUGGUGAGUACCUGUACGCUGAUUUGACCAAUCAGCGCCAGGAUGGUUGGAUAUGGGCGUACUCACCAAGGAAAAAAAGAGAAGGAUUCAUUCCACGGGCGUUCGCAAAACCGCCUGCCAAGACAUCCACCAUAUAGACUAAUAAUUGUUUGAAUUGAUGACGUAACUGGAAUUAGUAGAUGUGCACUCUACUUUGUACGAUUAAACAAUAAGUCAGCGGCGAUCGACGUGUAUGUACGGCAAUACUUCUGGUGUUAACUAGUACGAGUUACAAAGUAACUGCCCUCAACGCUGGGACCGAGGUUAGGUACACUAGAGUGUCUUUGGGUAGACGAAUGACGCCCGUGGAGCGACCACUCUCGCAAUGUACAAUCAAUGUGAUGCAAUUGUAAUUAUCAGUUAACAAUUGUGUGUACUACUGGUUUGGGGUUAUUUUUUUCAAUUUUAAAGACAAUACUUUAUAUAUUUUUCAAAUAAACAAGUUUGUGAACAA